AUAAAAUUGAUUAUUUGUUCAAAUAUGCAGGCCUCGGCGUGGCACUGCCGAGCUCGUCUACCAGAUCGAUCGGAGUCUCUUUCCUUGUGUCCGUACGAAGAUUCGAGCGCGCGCGAGAGCUUCUUCUUCUCAAUCACGACCGUUUAUCUCUUCAAAUCACUCUGAAUACACAAUUGAUAUCUACCAAAUGGGAAAACCCAAUCCUGAUGAAAAGAUUCUCAGCUACAAUGAUGUUGUACUCAGACGAUCAGACUUGGAUAUCCUCAGUGGCCCGUAUUUUCUCAAUGAUCGACUCAUCGAGUUUUAUUUCAGUUACCUGUCAUCAUGCUCUGAGGAGAUAUUACUCAUUCCACCUUCAAUUGCAUUCUGGAUGAUGAAUGCAGUUGGUCAAGGCCUCCACGAGUUCCUGGUACCUCUUAAUUUGCCUGAUAAAAAACUGGUAAUCUUUCCAGUCAAUGACAAUGAGGAUGUGAGUGAAGCUGGAGGUGGAUCUCACUGGAGCCUACUUGCAUUUGAGAGAGAUUCUAACGUCUUUGUUCAUCAUGAUAGCAAUGGAGGGAUGAAUAGAAGGCACGCUAAAAAACUGUAUGAUGCGGUUGUUGACUUCAUGAGUGUCUCCAGUUCAGCAACUAAGCCCACUUAUCAAGAGUGUAGUGAUUCACCGCAACAAGUAAACGGUUAUGAUUGUGGCUUGUAUGUGUUGGCUAUUGCAAGGGUUAUAUGCAGCUGGUACGGAAGUAAAGACAAAGGUGAGCAGACUUUGUGGUUCCAUGCUGUGCGCGAGCAGGUCACUCCAUCUGUUGUUGCUGCAAUGCGAAACGAAAUCCUGGAGCUGAUAAGAGGUCUCAUGCCCGUGAAGUGAAGUUUGCCUACAAAGUGAGAGUCGAUGAAGGGGAGAGCGAAAUCUUAUCCACAAACAAAGUUUAGCAUUUUGUUUUUGGUUAAAACAAAGUUUAGCUUUCACUGUCUCUGGUACUUGACAUAUACAGAAUCAUGGAUCGUUCUGCUUGCUACAAAUGAUAUUAUCUGCACGAACGAAAGGUUGUAGGCUAAACUAAUAAUAUUGUGGUUCAAAUUUACCUUCAACGAGAAUCUAACUUCAGCUCUCACUUACAAGUGAGGAGGAAAUUCAUUUUCUAAUUAAUUGUAUAUGAAAGUA